GAAAAUGACACGUGGGUAACGGAUGCUAAAGGCUGUAAUUUCUUCCGGAACAUGACGGAAAAAUAACUAGUUUUUCUUUUUUUCUUUUUUUUUUUUUUAACAAGAAAAGCAAGCGAUUUGAAUCAUGGCAUCAUCUCAAACCAUUAAGAUUGGAAUUAUUGGAGGCUCUGGUCUAGAUGAUCCAGACAUUUUGGAAGGACGCACCGAGAGAUAUGUGGACACUCCCUAUGGAAAGCCUUCAGACGCUCUUAUUCUGGGAAAGAUCAAGAAUGUUGAAUGUGUUCUCCUCGCAAGACAUGGAAGACAGCACACCAUAAUGCCCACCAAUGUAAACUAUCAGGCCAAUAUCUGGGCGCUGAAAGAAGAAGGCUGCACACAUCUGUUGGUGACGACUGCCUGCGGCUCACUCAGGGAGGAGAUACAGCCCGGAGACAUUGUCAUCAUUGAUCAGUUUAUCGACAGGACGACUAAGAGAGCCCAGACUCUGUACGAUGGACAGCAGAGCAGUCCUCCAGGAGUCUGCCACAUCCCCAUGGCUGAACCAUUCUGCAACAAAACAAGAGAGGUUUUGGUGGAGGUGGCGCGAGGUCUUGGGGUAAAGUGUCACGUCAAAGGGACCAUGAUCUCCAUCGAGGGUCCCAGAUUCUCCUCCCGAGCUGAGAGCCUCAUGUUCCGUCAGUGGGGCGCCGACGUCAUCAACAUGACCACGGUGCCGGAGGUGGUACUCGCCAAAGAGGCCGGCCUGUGCUAUGCUAGCAUCGCCAUGGCAACAGACUAUGACUGUUGGAAGGAGCACGAGGAGGCGGUCUGUGUCGACAAUGUGCUCAAGACAAUGAAAGAAAAUGCAAACAAGGCCAGCAGCAUCCUCCUCACAGCCAUCCCACAGAUCAGCCAAAUGGACUGGGGACAGACUCUGGUGUCCUUAAAAUCAAUGGCCCAAUCUGCAGUUAUGUUACCAAAACAUUAAGAGUGUGUAAAAACUUGGACAAUUUCUCCUGGAAAAGUGCUCACUAGUUUUUGGUUGCCGGCGUCUGAAGGACUGUUCUUACAAACUCCGUUAGAUUUUUGCCUUAGAUAACCCAUUCACUUUUUUCAAUUACUUUCCAGUUAUUUAGUUUCAGUUAAAACACCAUAACCAGUAUUUUGUAUUAAGACAAGUGAUCUCUCAAUCCACUUUAUACCUCCAACGCUGGUCCCCAUUUCUGUUUUGUUUUGUUUGUUUAUUAUUCCAUAAAAAUAAAACACAAAUCUAGCUUGCA